AUGUCGGGUCAGUUGCGCUACGACGGCCAGGUCGCCGUCAUCACUGGCGCCGGUGGUGGUUUGGGGAAAGCAUAUGCCACAUUCUUCGCCUCGAGAGGAGCUAAGGUCGUUGUCAACGACCUCGGUGGCUCCUUCAAGGGUGAGGGUAACUCGACAAAGGCCGCCGAUGUAGUCGUUAACGAAAUCAAGGCCGCCGGCGGCGAGGCCGUAGCCAACUACGACAGCGUGGCAGACGGCGACAAGAUCAUCGAAACCGCUAUCAAGGCGUUCGGCCGCAUUGACAUCCUCAUCAACAAUGCCGGCAUCCUACGCGAUGUCAGCUUUAAGAAUAUGACAGAUGCCGACUGGGAUUUAAUUAUGACUGUGCACGUCAAGGGUGCCUACAAGUGUGCCCGCGCUGCCUGGCCUCACUUCCGGAAGCAGAAGUACGGCCGUGUCAUCAACACCGCCUCUGCUGCCGGUCUAUUCGGCAACUUCGGCCAGGCCAAUUACUCCGCCGGCAAGCUGGCCAUGGUUGGUUUCACAGAGACCCUCGCUAAGGAGGGCGCUAAGUAUAACAUUGUUUGCAAUGUCAUUGCACCUAUUGCUGCCAGCCGCAUGACUGAGACUGUUAUGCCUCCGGAGAUGUUGGAGAACUUAAAACCAGAUUGGGUUGUGCCCCUCGUCGCUGUCUUAGUACAUAAGGACAACACCAGCGAGAAUGGCUCCAUCUUCGAGGCCGGUGGUGGCCACGUUGCCAAAUUCAGAUGGGAGCGUUCAAGUGGUCUGCUGCUCAAGGCCGACGAGAGUUACACAGCCAGCGCCAUAAUCAAGCAGUGGAGCAAAGUGUCCGACUUCUCAAAUCCCCAAUAUCCUUCUGGGGUCAAUGACUUCGUAGGUCUUCUGGAGGAAUCCAUGAAGCUAGGUCCCAGCCCUCAAGGGGAGAAGAUUGACUUCACAGGGCGCGUAGCUUUGGUAACUGGUGGUGGGGCAGGUAUUGGCCGUGCCUACUGUCUCGCCUUUGCCAAGGCUGGUGCGUCAGUUGUCGUCAAUGAUCUUGUGAACCCGGAUACUGUUGUGGAGGAGAUUAAGAAGAUGGGCGGCAAGGCGGCUGGUGUCAAGGCUUCUUCCGAAGAUGGCGACAAGGUCGUCAAGGGUGCUAUUGAUACCUUUGGCCGACUCGACAUUGUUGUUAACAAUGCUGGCAUACUACGAGACAAGGCAUUCGCCAAUAUGGACGACAGUCUAUGGGACCCGGUUCUGAACGUACAUCUCCGAGGUACUUACAAGGUCACCAAAGCUGCUUGGCCCUACUUCCUUAAACAGAAAUACGGACGCAUCAUCAAUACCACCUCGACAAGUGGCAUCUAUGGUAACUUCGGCCAGGCGAACUAUGCUGCAGCUAAAUUAGGUAUUCUAGGCUUGUCCCGAGCUCUCGCGCUUGAAGGUGCCAAGUAUAACAUUUAUGUUAAUACCAUCGCACCCAACGCUGGAACGGCAAUGACAGCCACAAUUCUACCACCAGACCUAGUACAAGCUUUCAAACCUGACUACAUAGCCCCUCUUGUCCUUGCUCUUUCUAGCGACAAGAUCCCCGAAAACCCCACUGGCGGCCUAUACGAAGUUGGUUCCGGUUGGUGUGGACGGACUAGGUGGCAGCGUUCCGGCGGUGUUGGUUUCCCUCUUGAUGUGAAGCUAGAGCCCGAGGAAGUCCUUAAAACUUGGUCUAAGAUCGUCGAAUUCGACGAUGGCCGGGCAGAUAAUCCUGAAAAGACAUCGUCUUCAAUAGAGAAGGUUAUGGCAAACCUAAAUAACAAGCGAGGAAAAUCUAAGCAAUCUAGCGAGAGCAACCAAUAUCUCGAAGCGCAGGAGAAGGCCAAGAAGGCGAAAUCUGAGCCAACCGAGUUCAGCUACACAGACCGUGAUUCAAUGUUGUAUAAUCUGGGAAUUGGCGCCAAGCGCACCGAUCUUCGUUAUGUCUUUGAGGGCCAUGAGGACUUUCAAGUGCUCCCAACAUAUGGUGUUAUUCCACAGUUCGAUACAAACAUGCCCUUCAGCUUCGACGAUGUGGUCCCUAACUUUUCACCUAUGAUGCUGCUCCACGGCGAACAGUAUCUUGAAGUCAAGAAAUAUCCCAUUCCCACAGCGGCAAGAACAAAGAACAUUGGCAAGUUAAUCGAGGUGGUCGAUAAGGGCUCUGCCGCCAUCCUAAAGAGCGGCGUUACCACCGUCAAUGCUGAAAAUGGAGAAGAGCUCUUCUACAAUGAAUCAACAGUAUUUCUCCGAGGAUGCGGUGGGUUUGGUGGCCAAAAGAAGCCCGCUGACCGUGGUCCCGCCACCGCCACCAACAUUCCUCCCAAACGGGCCCCUGAUGUCGUUGUCGAAUCAAAAACAACGCCUGAGCAGGCUGCCAUCUACCGCUUGAGUGGUGACUACAACCCUCUUCACAUCGAUCCGAGCUUUGCGAAGAUGGGCGGAUUCAAGGAACCCAUCCUACAUGGACUAUGCUUCAUGGGAAUUGCCGGCAAGGCCGUCUACGAAAGCUUCGGUCCUUACAAGAACGUCAAGGUCCGAUUCGCCGGCUCUGUGUUCCCUGGCCAAACGCUCGUGACGGAGAUGUGGAAGGAAGGAAGUGGUAAGGUCAUCUUCCAGGCCAAGGUCAAGGAAACGGGCAAACUCGCCAUUUCUGGUGCCGCUGCUGAGUUGGUGGAUGGCUCGAAGGGUGGGAAAUUGUAG